CCAGCGACGUGGGCAGACGAGGAUACGACGACACUUUGGGCACACAAUCAUGAUCGCACAUUUGAGACACUUUUCGAGGCUGGCCGGUCGCGGACACAGCCGCCUGGCCUCCUCCGCAUCCACAUCCUAUCUGAUCGACCAGCCGGAGUACGGUUUCCUUAAGGAGCUUGGCCUGGAGAUCAACAAUCCCGGCGUCUACUCGGGCCAGUGGCAGGGGCGUGGCCCGACCAUCACCAGCUACGAUCCUGGCACCGGCCAAGCCAUUGCCACAGUGCGUCAGGGAACUGUGCAGGAGCUGCAACAGGCCAUCGGCCUGGGCGUGGAGGCCUACAAGCAGUGGCGCCAGGUCCCCGCCCCAGUCCGUGGCGAGAUCGUUCGGCAAAUCGGCGACGAGCUGAGGAAGUACAAAGAGCCCCUUGGAAAGCUGGUCUCCCUGGAGGUGGGCAAGAUCUACAGCGAGGGUCAGGGCGAGGUGCAGGAAUUCAUCGACAUCUGCGACUAUGCCGUGGGUCUGUCGCGGAUCUACUCGGGCCAACUGAUCAACUCGGAGCGGGCCGACCAUACGAUUCUUGAGGCUUGGCGACCGCUUGGACUGGUCGGUGUGAUCUCCGCCUACAAUUUCCCCAAUGCCGUAUUUGGCUGGAAUGCCGCCAUUGCUCUGACCACCGGCAACAGUGUGCUCUGGAAGGGAGCUCCCAGCACGCCCCUGGUCUCGGUGGCCACCACCAAAAUCGUUGCCGAAGUUCUGCGUCGCAACAAUCUGCCACCCGUCGUGACCCUCUGCCAGGGAGGAACCGAUGUUGGCCAAUCGUUGGUGUCUGACAAGCGCGUCAAUCUGGUUUCCUUUACGGGUAGCUGCAAAACGGGCCAAGAUGUGGGCGUGGAGGUGCAGCGGCGCUUCGGCAAGGUGAUCCUCGAGCUGGGCGGCAACAAUGCUUUGAUCAUCGAUUCGUCGGCAAAUUUGAAAAUGGCAUUGGAUGCAGCUCUCUUUGGCUGCAUCGGCACCAGCGGACAACGCUGCACCACCACCAGGCGCAUCAUUGUCCACGAACAACUGCAUGACCAGUUUGUCACGUCCUUGGUGGCCAAGUACAAGCAUCUGAUACCCAAAAUUGGACACCAAUUGGAUGGGCAGACGUUGGUGGGCCCCGUGCACACCCAGCAGAACGUCGAUAGCUAUAAGACCGCCAUUGAGGAGGCCAAGGCCUUGGGCGGAACUGUGGCUUUUGGCGGCAAAGUCCUGGAGCGAUCGGGAUACUAUGUGGAGCCCACUGUCAUCACGGGUCUGCCGCACGAUGCCAGCGUUGUGCAUCGCGAAACGUUUGCCCCCAUCGUGUAUGUCCUGAAAGCGAAGAGUGUGGACGAGGCCAUCUCCUGGAACAACGAAGUCGAGCAGGGUCUCUCGUCGGCCAUUUUUACCGAGAACAUCAGUCAGGCGUUCAAGUGGAUCGGUGCCAGGGGCUCCGACUGCGGCAUCGUAAACAUAAACACCACCACAAAUGGAGCUGAAAUCGGUGGAGCGUUCGGUGGAGAGAAGGCCACCGGCGGAGGUCGAGAGUCGGGCUCGGAUGCCUGGAAGCAGUACUGUAAGCGGGCAACAAUCACGGUCAACCAUUCCGGGGAACUGGCCUGCGCCCAGGGCGUCGUUUUCAAUGUGGAGUAGGAGAGAUAAGAGUUGAGUUUGAAUUCUUUCCUCUAUUAUUUAAAGUUUUUUAAUAAUAUAAAUAAAUGUAAUGUCCAAAGAAAA